AUGUCUGCUAAGAAACCAAAACCAAUAAUGGUCCGGAUGAUGGAGUCGGGUGAAUUCAGCGAUCUGAAGUUCCUUUGCAACGGCCAGGAGUUCAAGGUCCGUAAGGCGGUUGUCUGCGUGCAGUCACCCAUGAUCAAAGCUGCUACUCGAGGACAGUUUAAGGAAGCAAACACCAAUAUAAUCGUCAUGGAUAGCUUCCAUCCUACACCGGCGAUUACGACGUUGACGACGAUGAGCAUGAAGCCACCCAGGGGAAAGCUUCCGGAGAUGACAUCGAUGAAGCUGAAGAAGAAACACCAAGUUUGCCGAGAAAUCAAGGUCAGUUUGAUAGCAAUGAAGAGAACAGCAACAAAUUUCCUUUUGGAAGAGCCUCCCUUGCCAUUGCCACAGGGAUUGAACGCAACAGCUAGCCUGUUCGAAAAUAUCCGUGUCAACUCUAUCGGCGAUUAUUACCGCAUCGACGAACUUGUUUCACUAGCGAACACCAAGAUCUAG